AGCGUGACGUCACGGCGAGAAGUGGGCGUGAUGUUGCACGUCGAGCGUAAUGGCGCUUGUGCGACUGAGUCUGAUGUGGGGGCACUAGUGAGAGCUGUUCGGACUUCUGACAUAUGACUGACGGAAUGAAGAUGAAGGUGGUGGUGUUUCUGUCUGUGUGCCUGACCCUCAGUGCUGCCCACCUGCACGCAUCCCCCAAUCAUCCCGACGAUGGACACUAUACGAACGACGAGCACAAUGCCGACUAUGACAAGAAGAUGUUCCUGGGAGGAGAGGAAGAAGCAGACGAAUUUGCAGAGCUGAGUCCAGAAGAACAACAGAAAAGACUGAAAUCUAUCAUUUGGAAAAUUGACGUGGAUGCAGAUGGAUACCUGACAUUGGAUGAGCUGAGCUCAUGGAUUCAGAAGUCCUUUAAGCAUUAUGUUUUAGAAGACACCAAGGAGCAGUUUGCAGAAGUUGACUUGGAUAAGGACGGCACCGUAACCUGGGAGGAGUACAACCUGCACAUGUACGACCGCAUCAUCGACUACUCUGAAGAUACUGUUCUUGAAGAUGAUGAGGAAGAGUCUUUCCGCCUGAUCCACUUGAAGGACAAGAAGCGGUUUGAACGCGCCGAUCAGGAUAACGAUUCGGGGCUGAAUUUACAUGAGUUUACAGACUUUGAACACCCUGAGGAAACAGAUUAUAUGGCGGAAUUUGUCAUUGAAGGAGCCUUGGAAGAACAUGACAAGGAUGGGGAUGGAUUUGUUAGCUUAGAUGAAUAUCUCGGUGAAUACUCACAGGAUCCAGAAGCUGUUGAAGAUCCACAAUGGCUGAUCGUUGAAAAAGACCGGUUUGAAAACGACUAUGACAAGGAUGGUGAUGGCAAGCUCAACCCUACAGAACUGCUGUCCUGGAUUGUCCCAAACAAUGUUGGGGUGUCACAGGAAGAGGCGAACCACUUGAUCGAGUCCAUUGACAAUGAUGGUGAUGGGAAACUUUCAGAAGCUGAAAUUCUACAGAACAGAGACAUAUUCCUAACCAGCGAAGCCACAGACUACGGCCGACAGCUCCAAGACGAGCACUUUUACCACGAUGAAUUCUAGUUUACCUCUUAAUUUAUAGCACAUCCUGGCAUUUUUUAUUUCUGAUCACUGGGGACACAAUACAGUCUGUAGAUUUCCAUUAACAAAAGUCUCUAAAGUUUUAGAGAAACAUUUCCAUUCCAGAGCAAAGAAAUUCCUAGCUCCUCCAGUCUGCAGGCAAUGUCUUCAGAUAACAACUUGGGUAAUGACAGGAACAAGGAGGUCCAGUCCUGUAACCUGAUGGAGGCCACUGCUUAGGAGUUUCCCAUUAAAGUAUAACAGUGGCUAUAAAGUUUUAUUUUUUUAUUAGAAUUAUUAUUAAUAUCUCUUCUAAUACUUAAAGGGGUUUCUGGGCUUCAUAUAUUGAUGACCUAUCCUCAAUUUAGGUAAUCAGUAUCUGAUAGGUGGGGGUCCGACUCCCAGCACCCUUGCCAAUUAGCUGUUGGAAUGAGCUGUGGUCUCUCCUUUGCCUGUGACUUCACGGCCGUCAGUCAUGUGACCUUUGUGGAGCUCAGUCUAAACUGCAAUACCAAGCACGACCACUGCACAAUGUACGGCACUGUUGUUGGUAUAUAAUGAAGAGUCUGCAGUGUUGAGCCAAGUGAUUGUCAGGUUUUUCUGAUAUUGAUGACCUGUCCUCGGGUCUCAGGAUAGGCCAUCAAUAUGUGAUCGUGGGGGUCUGACUCCCAGCACCUUCGCUGAUCAGCUGUAUGAAGGGCUGAUGCCCUUUCAAACUGCUGAUCGGUGGCGAUCAAUAUCAGUAAACCGGACAACCCCUUUAACACUCUGGAAAAAAGUGAAGCACGUCUUAUAAUUACUAUUCAAAAUUAAGACAUCUUAAAACGAGAUGAGGCAAGCUGCGACAAAUAUAUCAAAGUGGUGCAUGCUGUGUGUUAAAUUUUGGAACAUCUUACUAGACAUGUUAGGCUACUUUCACACUUGCGGCAGAGUGAUCCGGCAAAACAUAUGCCAACUGAUGGCAUUAGUAAGACUGAUCAGUCUUAAAAAUGCCUGAUCAGUCAGAAAAAUGCACUGAAAUGUCGGAUCAGUCUUUCUGGUGUCAGUCAUCCGGAAAAACUGAUCCGGCAUUUAUUUAUUUUUUACCUUUUUUUCGGUCUGCGCAUGCGCAGAUCG